AUGUCCUUCAUUCAUUCUUGGUACCGUCCCAUCCGCCGGUCAAUAGUCCGGAGCCGUAUUCUCCGCAUAUUCCUUAUCGUCUUUUUCGCCUGGAAUCUAAUUGAGCUCCACCUGAUCCUCCGUCGCAUAUCCGAGGUCGAUAUCAUUUACCGCGACCAGCCGCACCGGAAGGAACGAAUCUACAUUGCCAGCGUAAACUGGAACAAUGAAAUCAUUUUACGCAGUCACUGGAGCCAGGCUUUAUUGGAGCUCGCCUGGAAACUCGGUCCGGAGAACAUCUACAUUAGCAUCUAUGAGAGUGGCAGCUAUGACAAUACCAAGGGGGCAUUGAUAGAACUUGAUAUGGAACUGGAACGCCUCCAAGUACCACACACAAUCACUUUGUCACCUAUCACGCAUGUGGAUGAGAUGGCUGCUACUCCGGGGGAAGGUUGGGUAAAGACACCAAAGGGUGAUAUGGAGUUGCGACGAAUCCCAUACUUAUCACGCACUCGGAAUAUGAGUCUCAAACCACUGGAAGAGCUGGCAAAACAGGGCAUCAUAUUUGAUAAGAUUCUUUUCCUCAAUGACGUGGUGUUUACGCCAAAAGACGUGUUCGAGUUGCUAGACACCAAUGACGGCAGCUACGCCGCUGCCUGCUCAAUGGACUUCGCCAAACCCCCAAACUACUACGAUACCUUUGCCCUCCGCGAUGCCAGUGGCCAUGAGGCCCUGAUGCCGACAUGGCCUUUCUUCCGAAAUUCUGCGUCUCGAAAUGCCGUAAAAAGUUUAUCUCCAGUCCCCGUCCAAAGUUGCUGGAACGGUAUGGUUGCAAUGCCCGCCGCUCCUUUCACUGCCGACCCCCCUCUCCGAUUCCGCGGGAUCCCAGAUUCGCUCGCCUCCUCACAUCUAGAGGGCUCUGAAUGCUGCCUCAUCCACGCCGAUAACCCGCUUUCUACGCAAGACGGUGUUUACUUGAAUCCUCUAGUCCGAGUUGGAUACAGUGGUCCAGCGUAUGUUGCUGUGAAUCCCCUUGCAAAAUGGCUCUCAGCGCGCUCGAUAUUGCAAGGAUUGUGGGUAAAUCGGCUGGCCCGAUGGACGACAACCACUUGGCUGAAAGAUAAGGUGGUACAAUAUCGCAUAGAUCGCUGGGCGGCUUUAAGUCCGGAGAACCGGGAACCGGGCAAUUUUUGUAUUAUCAAUGAGAUGCAGGUCUUGCAUCCUUGGGGAUGGGAUCACAUGUAG